CGUGAUGCGUGGACAAUGCGCACACUAUUCACUUUACCAAAAGUUCUUCAAUGCUUGCCUUAGGGAAUGGUAUUUUCAGAAGGAUGGCGGUUCAGGAUUCUACUAUGCUAAUCCUCCUGGAUUAUUAUUCACUCAAUUAAGAUCAUCUCGAUUGCAAAGGGGAACUGUGUCAGCUCCCAUGUCUCACUGGUACUUUGGAAACAAUGUCAACAGCAUCAAGUUAUCAUACAAUGACCCUAUGGGAAAUGGGAUCCUUGGAUCCACUAAUAGCCAUCUAGAGGAGGAUCCUACAGAGAGUCUCCUUCAUAUUGGCUACGAUCUAACGUAUUCCAAUGCAUUAGGAAAGUAUGUUGCAACACGUAACGAUGUACAUCAUGUUGCAUUUUGCAACUAUUAUGAUGUUGCCUUCAAUACUCUGUACAACAUUGGAAGGCAUCAAGAUAUAUCGCCAGAAGAUUUUAUAACAUUCAAAAAUGUUAGAUUAAUAACGGGGAAUGUGUUCAACAUUCACUUGCUUCUUACGGAACCGCUUUUCAAGUGUGCUAUUAUUUCAAUCACUAACCAGAAUGCAGAUCAGUUACUCAAUUUCAAGGUGUUGAACUCAAUAGCUAAGGUUAUUGCUCCUGGGGGUUCCAUCGUAUUCUUAACAAGGGAAAAGGAAGCCUUUCAACGACUUAAAACAUUGUUGGGAAGACAUUCAAUAUCUUUGUUACUUACAGUAAGCGAUGAGCAAAAUAAAAAUCAAAUGCGGACGGUAAUGAAUGCAUUAGCAUGGAAGGGGAGCCCAAUCUCAUCUAUAAGAGAAAAUAACACCCGAGAAUUCAUCGAGACAUUUUUUUCUCAUGAGAACAAGUCAUUAACUGGCAAUUUUAGAAUGAUUGUAUGUGACAAAUACAUAUCAAACAAACCCAACCAACGACUCAGAAAGCCAGUUGACACUAUAUAAGUCGUAAUAAAGUCAUUUAUGUUU